AUGGCACAAUACGACGCUAUUGCUACGAAGUACGAUUUCAUCAAAACCACCGCAUUCAACGCCGUGGAGCGGCACUCCUUUGGCACAUGCGUUCAACCCUUUUUGAACCCCCCGCGCACAAAAGAUGUGCUUGACCUAGCCUGCGGCACUGGAUUUUACUCAUUUUGUUUGCUUGAAUGGGGUGCUCGGUCGCUGACGGGCGUGGAUGUGUCCCAGGUUAUGAUUGACGCUGCAGCGGCGCGGUUGCAGGGAUCGGAGCAUGCCACAAACGUGAAAUUUAUUCAAGGUGAUGGACUGGCUCCGAGAUUGUUUCCUGUCGGCAACGAAGAGAGGGAAGGGAGUUUCGAUGUGGUAACUGGAGCUUGGUUCCUCAACUAUGCUAGUAACGCAGACGAGCUGCGAGCCAUGUUUGACACCAUUGCCUUGAACCUCAAAUCCGGUGGCGUAUUCGUCGGUAUUUGCGUGCACCCUACAAAUGACGUCUUCUCCUUUGCUCAGGAUGUCAAUGCCAGCGCAUGGUUCAGCUCAGACGUCCAUUACGUGUACGCCGCGAAACCACUUGCUUCUGGUCAGGGGCAUGUUUUUGAUGUGAUCGUCACACCGGCGGCCGAUGCCAAGCCGAGUACGGAAGGAGUGCGCUUUUCGUCGUUUCAUUUGCGGAAGGCACUGUACGAGGAAAUGGCGCGGGCGGCGGGAUUGAAGGGCACAAUGGAGUGGAGAGACUGUGUGUUCCCGGAGGGAUGGAGGGAGAGAAUUGGAUUGGGAGCGGACGAGAAACGAUGGCGCACAUUAACGGACUUUCCGCUUCUCUGUAACUUGGUACUGUUUAAAGAGUAG